AAGCGACAUGCUGUUUACCGGAACAUUCUCUCAUUUCUAUAAUUUCUCAAAAUGAGACAGAAAAUUCAGAGUUUCGUAGUUGUGUUCUGUGUGUGUUUUCUUGUUAGGCACAUAUUUUGCGAUGUUAUAUUACUGAGGAACAAUUUGAACGCUUCAUGUUUUCCUGAGGAGGAUAAUCUUGUGGCAUAUUUGGCACCGCCAAAUGUGCAGCCGAAAAGAGAUAACGACUUUGUCGACGAUGUUGUGGUAGAAAAUGAUGACUGGGUUCCGGCUUCAACCAACGAAUCUAUAACCGACUCAAGAUGGAGAGAAUUUCAAAGUACUAAAAGCAAUCAUUCACAAUUUAGCUUUAACGAGACAAUUUCGUUUUCGGUUUAUGCUCCAUUCAGUUUUAAAUUAAACAUUAUAUAUAUUAUCCAGGACGAUAAUCCCUAUCCCAGAUCACAUACAUGUGAUCUAAUAAAAAAUUUUACUACUGGAUGGUUUCACUUCACUUUACUUCAAAAAAAUCAAAGCCUGAUAUUGUACGAAAACGGAAAGUUGGUGAAAAAUAUUUCUCAUAAAUGGGAAAGCGAUAUAUCAAGUGGACAGAAAAAUGUAACAAUAGCAAAUUCCAAUGAAACGUUUUGGAAAAUACAUAACUUGAAAUUUAGGUGGUCGAAUACUACGACGCAUAGUGAACCUACAAUACUAAAAACUUAUCGUUUGGAUAUAUCGUGCUUAUCAAUGUAUUAUUAUUUGUGCGAAAACUGUUUUCUGGAAGUUAAUUCAACAACGCUUGGUGAAACGUAUAAUUUUACAAAGAACAAGAAUCAAACCAAAUUGUGGAACAAUUCGAAAAUUAAAUUAAAAUGUGGCAAAGAAAAUGUUAUUGCUAUUUAUCGAAGAAUAGUUGGUAAUGAUGAUGUGAAUGGAACGUGGGGUCUGGAUAUAAGAUACUGUAGAAAUUUUCAAGACAGUAUUGUACGAAAAAAUAUCUCACAUGGUGAAAAAAUCUCUUGUAAAAUAUUAAACGAAGAAGAAAUUGCAGUCAACACCACAACUGUAGAAAAUCAUGAACUCUGUGAAAGACCCGGAAAACUUGGAAUUAACUGCAUGCAUAACUGUUCGGAAGUUCUAGGUCCUUAUUUUCCUUAUUGUGAACGACAUAAGAUCUGCCGAAAUUCUAACUGUUCGUGCGCUUGGGGUUUUCGUGGAGAUCAAUGUGACACAGACUGUGACGAUAGAACGUACGGAUUAAAUUGCAGCAGGAAAUGUGAAAAUUGUGAGAAAUGCGACAAAAUAACAGGAAAGUGCCCUUCCCCAGACGUUUCCGCUACUUCGGCCUACUCAAUAAUAAUACUAGUAGUAGCAAUACUAGUUAUUAUUAGUUUUGUGUGUUACGUGUUUAGAAAGAGAAUACAGACUUGGUAUAAUAAUUUCUGUAAAGGCGGUGAUGCUUCAGAGCCACCUCAGGGCGAAUUGUCCAUGCCGUUGAAGCCUAUUAACACACAAGAUUCAAUAGAAUUAUUAUAAACUAGCUGUUACCCGCAGCUCCGCUUGCGUGGUUUUCGCAAUUAGGACACAUUAUUUUUGACCCGCUGAUUUAUUUUUUGAUUUCAAUUUUAUUACUUUUUAAGUUUGUGCAAGUCUUCAUUAAUAACAAUAUAUAAAAGUAUUUGUCCUUCGGCUAACUGAUUCAUUAACAUAACUACUGGAGCUAGAAACACGAAAUUUGGACAGAAGGUUCCUUUCGUUAUGUAAGCAUCAAUUACCCCUAAGUGGGUGAAAUAAGGACUGAAAGUUUGGAGUUAGGGUCCCAUGAAUUUUGUAAUUUGGGUUAUCUUUUGUCGAUUUGAUUAAAAGUCAUGUUUUAAAUUAAAGGAUAUUUCUUUAAAAAAGUUAAAAUAUUUGGAUAGUUUUGUCGCUAAUAUUGUAGGCAGCCAUGUAAAAACAGACAUUUACCUGACCUAUCUAAAACUUGGUUGUAAAUUUGAUAUUGUUCUGUAUUUAAUAAACUUUCGUUGUGCCUAUAAAAGUAUGUCAUAGCUAAUCACUCUGAGAUAGUCUCUGUUUUGUAUGACUUCUUCACGUUUUACAGGCUGAGGCGAACCAUAAUACUUUAAACAUUGUCUUCCUAAAGACAGCACCGUGUCUUUAAAGGAAAUCACACACUUGUACAUUUCAUUUAUAAUAUGAACACUCUCUUGACACUCUGACUGAACUUGACAAAUCCAAAGCUUUGCAUGAUGAGUGAUAUGCGGGAUAAGCGACACCAUCAAUAGUUUUUAAAUCCGAGAAUGAUGUUGGCCCUCUCAUUUCUUGAAGAAGAAGACCAAGGUAGAAACAUUCGGCGUUAUUAGGGUGAACGGUGUACACUCUGCCCAAAGUUUGAUCGGUUUUGACUCCCGGCCAACCAUCAACAUUUUUUCCACGUUUUUGUCUCUCAAAUUUGGUACUUUUCCACACAUAGUAUGAAGGGACUUCAACAUAAAAAAGGAUUUUUGCAAAAUUAUUCGUUUUGUAAAGCUCAAAAAAUGCUAGAAAAGUAGUUUUCUGUGAAUUAUUUACCUUUUCAGUUACAUUAUUAAAGUCGUUAGGAUUAAAACAGACAGCAGGCCAUUUUUCAAGUGCACUGUGAGAUGAAAAACCGCUGGAAAUUGUUCAUGUAUAGGAAAGGGUCAGGAUUCUCCAGACAGUUUCAAAGCUGCUAAUAUAUCGACCACUUUCAUAUAAUUUGACCUCAUCAUUGUCAUUUUCAAGACCAAAUAAUCCUGGUUGGAGUUUGAGAGUUACAAUACUCUAUGUUGAUGUGAGCAGCAAAAGUUCAAGAUAAAAGUGGAUUGUACGGUACCACCCAUCUGUUAUAUAGGGUUACAACAUGGAAUUCAAUCGUGAAUCCACCAUCCGCGGAACCUCUUCGCCGGUAUUGAGGGUAGCUGUCUUCGCCUGUUUGGGUUUCUUUCAGGAGAAUUCGAGGAUAUUUUUUGCUACAGCUACAUCCUUUCAUUUCAUUUCCACCCAAAUUAUAUUCCGUUGGGGAUGAAUUUCAAAAAAGAAUUAAAAUCAGUCAGUCAAGACAAACAAUUUUACAUGAUUACCAAUUUUCAAGUAACAAAUGUUAACAACAUUUCAACUAAAUAUCGCCAUACAAAUAUUUUUUCUCAUAUAAACUUUGUCACCUCAUUUGAUCUUCUUAGGGGUAGAAUCUCAAAAACAGCUGAAAUACGCGUUACAUUGUUUGUGUUGAAAAGCAUUAAUAUCAAGUUCCAAGCAAAAAUUUACAAUAGAAAUAUUUUCCCAUACACAAUUAGUUACCACUUUUUACCCCCUUAGGGGUUGAAUCUCGGAAAAUGCUGAAAUACGUGUGUCAUUAUAUGUGUUGAAGAGCAUUAAUACCAAGUUCCACGUGAAAAUGUGCAACAGAAGUAGUUUUCCCGUACAAACUUAUCCACCACUUUUUACCCCCUUAGGGGUUGAAUUUCGGAAAAUGGUGAAAUACGUGUUUCGUUAUUUGUGUUGAAAAGCAUUAAUACCAAGUUUUACGUAAAUAUUUACAACAGAAAUAGUUAGGAAAUAGUCUUCUUGUACAAACUUUACCACCGCUUUUCACCCUUUUAGGGGUGGAAUUUCCCAAGUUCCUUUCUUAGUGGGUGUUUACAUCACAAAAGGAAACUAUUGUCCAAAUUUCAUGUUUCUAGCUGCAGUAGUUUAGGCUCUGCGUUGAUGAAUCAGUCAGUCAGGACAAACAAUUUUACAUGUAUAGAUGAACAAUUGACAAAAAUAAACACUUUUACUUCCCGAGCGUAA